GCUGGUUGGUCGACAUGUUAUCAUGGACAUUAUCCUCGGUGCAAAUGCAUGCAUUCGCACUGUCAGUCGAUUAAUCCUCUUUCUUAUGCCAUAGAAAGUUCCCAAUGCUGUGCUGCAUGUCGACUCUUCCAGACGGUGUAGAUAUGUACUUGACUGGACAAUAUCGUCGUCGGUGGUUGGUUGAGACUACUGUAUGACCGUCCGCACUCACUACUCCAAGAUCGGAAUCGCGUGCCGAAACUUGUCGGGAGCGGCGUCGUUGAGGGCAGACCGACACACGACAAAGUGCCGCCACUUUUUGAUGUCAAACAUGUACAACUUGUGGUUCCAUUCCAAAGAGAUGACUCCCGCCAUGAGCGCCGUGGACUUGUCCAUGUAAUACGUGCCGCACCAGAUCCACCCCGACAGGUUGAGCACGUACUUGGCCUGCGACGACAGCAGUAGCGACGGGAUGUCCAACGCGGUGUCAGUCUGGCGGAUGUACUUUUCGACCACGAACGUCCCCACGACACUGGCCAAGCAGAUGCCCAUGGAGCUAAACACGUACGAGACCCGCCCGAUCUCCACGACGCCGCUGUCACAAUGUAGGGCAUAGUCCAUGUUGACGGCGGCGCACACGCGGUCGAGCUGGGCGUCGACGACGUUUGGUCUCAGUUGCAUCCAAACCCACACGGCGAACGACGCCACCCACGCGCUCUUGCCAGCGUAGAACGACGUGUAGUGCUGCGUGACGCAACUGAAGGCGUCGUUCAGGACAAACACAAACCACUGCAGCUCCACCGACGCCAGCAUCAUAUUGUACCACAAUUGGGGGACCGACUCAAAACCGAGGACCCCCCCCGGUCUUCCAGCAGUAGCGUAGCCGUAUUCAAGUACAGCAUGGCGGAAAUGCUGCGCGCAAACAGAAACGGCCGACCCGCCCACACGAGCCCCACGAGGCGGCUCAUGCGGAAGAUGUUGGCUUCUUCGACGUUGCCCCGCGCCGCGACGGCGUACGCAAACACGAAAAACGCCAGCACGCAGAUGAGCACGGUCAUGUACUGGACACACGUCCACAGCACGAGCGACAGGUCCGUGGGCACUUCCGAGGGCUUUGGAAGGAACGACUGCGCAGUGUACGAUGCAGACACGGUCGUGAUCGUACCAACAUCGCCUUGAAAUGACACGACUUCUCGUUGUCCUACUACCCAGUCGUACAAGUAGCACCAGCUAACGAAUAGCCACGCACGAUCGCUGUGUGUUUCAUCGAGCAACUCGAGUCGAAACAACGACGGCUCGGUCGUGUUGACAAUGAAUUGAAGAAAGUCAACGCGUAGGGGACGCACGGCCUCGUACGCUUUCGUCAUGGCUGCUUGCAGUGGGAAGAACGUGGCGUUGUACUUGGCGGAAAAGCGAAACGUCUCGGCGUACGAGCUGGCGCAGUCGCUUUCGGCAUACGUGUCCAUUGUGCAAAAGUCCACCAAGUCGGCCGGUGCAAGAUGGUGGUUGGCAUCAAAGGCCAACAAUGCAAACAGGGCAAGGUACUCAUCCGGCGCAAAUUCCUCGACGCUGGACGUCUCGCAAGGCUUCGACGUGCUGAACCCCGUAUACAAUUGCGUUUCUUGGGGGGUCAGGGCCAGCAUUGUCGGGUUGUCGUUGCCGCACAUGAGGUCGCCCCCCGUGACGCGGAUAGCUCCCCCAAGCCAUUGAAAGGGGAACAUUGUGAUGUAGUUCUUGUGGGGAACGGCAUCAAAGUCACUAUGGGCGGUUUCGUCGUUGUAGAUGAGCGUCGAUAACGCGUCCACCAGAGCAAUCGACGCGCGGCUCAAUUCGUGCGGGCACGCCACGUAAACCAUGUCCACAACUCCGAAUGGCCCCACGGAUGUCGUGAACUGAGCCAGUCCGCUGAUGUAUGGCGUCUGAAAUGUGUAGUUGUCCGCGAGCAGCAUUUCCCGGGUAACGUUGGCAAAUGCAAACUCUGAACUCGAGCGAACGAGGCUGAGGCCAGUGACUUGGGUGACGUUACUUGAUAUGGCCCAUAGGUCCCCUGCAAACCCCCAGUACAUUUUGACGGAGGUGGGCUGCGCUGGCGUGAACUUUGUCAGUUUAGAAUUCAGAGUGAUGGGGUACUCAAACCCCAGUGCGUUCUUGAUUCGAACCACGUCUGACAUGCCCACAGAGCGCAUGGAUUGCCACUGCAGCACAAAUUCCGUGAUGUUAUGGGUGUUUCUCCAGUACGCCACUUCCGUCGCCACUUCCCCCAUCAACGACGAAGCGAGUUUGGUGCUGGCCAGCCAAGUCCGGCCAAUCAGCGUCUGCACCAGCGUGAGCCCCACCCCCACGUGGAAAGCACUCCCCCAACAGGUUUCCCAUUCACUCCACGAUCGAAAAUUCCUCAACACACCUUCCAUGUACACGGCUCCGUUGGAUCUCAUACGUUGUUGGCACCGCGCUUGUCGCGCCGACGUCGCCGCCAUCUCCCAUUGCAUGCCAAAGUCCACCCAGCAGUAUUGCGUAAACAUGUACGGCAUCGCACACGGGUCCAUGAGCCGAAGGUUUCCGAUCACUUUGUCCAGGGGUUGCGUCUCGUACAGUUCUCGAUGCCCGAGGGUAUCGCUAAAUACAAUCAUCGAGUUGACGGCCGAACCGUUGUUGGGACUAGUUGACGCCACCAGCGUCGCGGAGUUUAGAAGCAACACACCAGACCGCGUAUUUAAUGCGUGCAGGUUGAUCACAUUGGCCAGAAACACGUGGGUGUGCGCUGUACUGAAUUCGGCCCAGUAAAAAUCAUUGCCAAGGAUCGCCGCCGCGGUUUCCAUGGCAUACACGAUGCUCCCAACAAGCGUACACAAAACGUAAAGCAGCACCACUACCGCCAGCAGUUUGGCCUUGAUGGUUUUGUGAAUGCUGUUGUUUUCAAUCAGAAGUACGUCCACGAACGGACUGUGCGUAGGGAACGCCAUGGUCAGCCGCGCUGGCUUGCGCAAUUGUGUGCUUUUCGACGGGUUGCCAAGGGAUCUGCGAAUGGAAUGCGGCAGUUUGAAGAUCUUGAUCAUCGUUGCCGACUGCACUUUUGCAGACGUUCUGGUGGACGCGACGCCCGACCGACACGCGAUCACGAGGCGCUCAAACGCAUGGGGAAAGCGUAGCACAGGGUCGCACCGUUUGAACUCGAACUGGUCUGUUUGCAUGAGCAACCACAGGUUGAUGUCGAAUAGAUACACUUCGCUCCGCCACGAGAAUCGCAGGAUGCCGCACAUGGCGAGACUGGCGCUGUCCAAGCUCCAAAAGCCAAGGCAUCCCCCCGCUUCGUUCAUGAAUGCCAUCACCGCCCCCGGUAAGAGGAGCGUGGGGGAGUACGACGCCACAGGGAUGCGGUGGCACGCUCGCACGACAGACGCCGUCGCGACAAUCGACAUGACGUGGAUGCAUCCCAACACCAGCAAGCGUGAUGGGUGGCCCACGGAUAGCGUGCCACUGGAACACACAACGUUGGAACUGAUGGCUGUGACUUCGCAUUGUCGAUCCAUGGUCGUAACUAGCGACGGGGGAAAUGCAACGUCCACGAAAACGUACAUGGUCCACACCAGCAAGCAACUAGUUGGGGCAUACAGCCGGGUAUACGGAGUAGUCACAUGGCACAGGAGUUCGUUGAGCACGUAGGUAACCCAGAGCGACUCACCAGACAACAUCAUCGAUAUCCACGCACUGCGACGGGUGUCGACCAGCACAGACAAGUCCCCGAAAGAGGACCGCGACGCCGGCGCGGUGGCUAGGCACAACAUGGCGACGAUCCCGCGCACGACGAGGAAGGGGCGGCCGAUCCAGUUGGAACCUGCGACACGGUUGAACACAAACCAAUUCCGCUGGAGCGAAUGCUGUGAGGGCACCCACGUCGCAGAAGUCAGCAAAGCCACGAAGCCCAGCACCACCGACACGUACAAGGCGACCCACCACAGGUACGCCGCAAAGCUCUGCGUGAUGCUUCUGUCGCUGAUGGUCGACACUGCGGGGGAAUACUGUCGUGAGAUCAGGGUCAACGUCGCGAUGUCUCCAUGGAACGCCACCACUUCGCGGGACCCAGUGACCCACUCGUACACCAUCAUCCAACCAAACACACUCCAUGGGUCGCCUUCGAGGAUGGAUGGCUGGGAAGCAAUCUGCACAUCGAAACCCGUAUAAACGAACUGCAUGAUGCUGAUGUUCAUCGCCGCCGUGCGAUCAAUCACCAUCAGGGUCGUGUUGGUGUUGGAUAACGGUGCCAACACAUCGAACACCAUGCUGGACACACCAAAGAGGUGGUGGCACGGGUCUGAGCUGUCGCAUAGGUUGGCCGCUUGGCUCCACGCAACAGCAUCCACGAGUGUAGCUGCAAAGAGACUGGUGGUUGGGCUCCACACGACACUGAGCCGCUGGUCAACAUCGCCAUUGCAUGGGUCGUCAAACCGGAACGACUCUUGAGCAAAGAGCGUGGGGUGUCCCCCUAAACAAAACAACGCACCCCCCGUAAAAGACAGCGCCGAAUUUAUCCACUGCUGGGGCGUGGGAAAUACAGACCGGGGGGGCGUCGAUUCAAACGCAAGCCGGAAACGGUUGUUGGAUUGCAUCAACGUAUUCAC